AUGUCACAAAAAAUUAAAGUAGACGUAAAUCAAGAUGAAAUAUAAGUAGGUGGAGAAAUGAUACUUUGUUUAGCAGAUUAAUAAUUGUUGAAUGGUGAUUAAUUAAAUGAAAUGGAUGAUAUUCUUGAAAAUGAUGAAAUUAAAGUUUAAGAUUAGAUUAAAAAAAAUGAAAAAUUAAAAGAAUAAAUAAAAAAAUCACAUUAUAGUUAAAAAUACGAUGGUGAAGAAAAAAAGGAAAUCUUAGAGAAGUAUGAUGAAAUUAAAAUAGAAAAAGAAGGUUUCUAUAUUGCUACUGAUGGAUAGAUUGUAGAAUAACCAAAAUAGAAUGAUUUAUUAGCAAUUAAAAGUAAACUAAAUAAAAAUUAGCAGAUUUCAUUAAAUGUUAUAGAUACUGUAGCAAGUGAUUAUAAACCUAAUAUUCCAACUACAUUAAUUAAAAAGAAAUUUCAAAAACCAUAAUAAUCAAAUCCUUUUGCUGAAGAACGAAUAUCAAAGAUAGAUAAGUCUUUAUUAGAGGAAGAUGAUUAUGAAUUAUUACAAAGAUCAAUUUUAAAUUAAUAAAGAUAGAAAAUGAAUUAAUAAAUAUUUAAAUAAGAAGAUAAUAUUAAAGAACUUAUGGAUUAAAAUAAAUAAAAGGAGGAAGAAUUGUAGAAAUCUAAAUAAAAUGAAUUUAUGAUUCCUUAAGUAAAAAUAUAAGGAAGUGAAGUACAAGAAAUUAAAGUUAUUGAAUAAUCAACAGAUUUCUUAAGUAAUGUUAAGACAGAUAAAGAAAUGGAAGAGAUUAAUUUAAGAAUUAACACUGGAUAUUCAAUCAGAGAUACUAAAAAUGGAACUACUUCAGUUGUAAAUGUUAGAUUACCUACAGAAAGAAUAGUUGUAUAAAAUAGAUAAUAAUCAAAAAUGGAAUUGGAAAAUAUAAGGGAGGAAACUUAAAAAAAUGAUAUAUUUGUAGAAAAAGAGGAAAAGUAAGAAGAGUAAUUAGAGAAAGACAAUGAUGGUAUUAAAAAGGAUGAGGAUGGGAUAGAAUUUCUGGAAGAAGAAUAACAUGGUCAUGGAUUAACUGCUACUUUAGAAUUACUUAGAAAGAGGGGAGAAUUGAAUCCAUCAAAAUAUGAUUAUGUUGGGAGAAAUAAAGAUCAAAGGGUUUUUAAAGAUCAAGAGCAGAAGGAUGGUGAAAUAAAUUUAGUUUAUAGAGAUCAUUCUGGAAAAUUAAUGACACCUAAAGAAGCAUUUAGAUAUUAAUGUUGGAUAUUUCAUGGAGAUGGUCCAAGUAAGAAUAAAAUUGAGAAGAAGAAGAGAAGUGAAUUAGUAAGAUAAAAACAAAAAAUGAGGGCUUAAUCAGAAGGACCUUUGAUGUAGGCUUUGAAAGAAGAGUAAAAGAAGAAGGGAGUUGCACAUAUGGUGAUAGGGAAAAAGAAAUAUUGA